GGAGAGAGAGAGAGAGAGGGGGGAAACGGGGAUAAAAGCGGUGGUGGUGGUGGUGGUGGUGUGUGAAUGGCGUUUUUAACAUAAAAGACGCGAGUUAGCGAGUGUGUGUGUGUGUCUAUCAAAAGGGGAGAUAUAAAGUCACCAAGAGAGAGAGAGAGAGAGAGAGUGAGAGAAGGAGGAGGUUACAGUUACAGAGAGAGAGAGAGAGAGUAGCAAAGCAAAGCAAAGCAGCAGGAGGAUUUGGUGAUUUUGGUUGCGUUACGAUUCAGAUCUCUCUCUCUCUUUCUCGAUCGUUACUCAUGCAUUAGAGAAGAAGAAGAAGAAGAAGACAAAAAAGAUACGUGGAUACGGAAUCCAAGGGGUUGGGGGAGCUCGAUCGUCUCCUUUUCUUCAAUUUUUUUUAUUACGCCUCUUUCAGCUUCCAAGAGAGAAGAGACUGUCAUUGAUAGCGGCGGCGGCGGAGGCGGAGACGGUUGAAGUUGGAGCGGAUGACGAAUCAGGGAGGUGAAGGUUUAUACGAUGAGUUAUGGAAAUUAUGCGCGGGACCUCUGGUUGAUGUUCCUCAAGCUGGUGAAAGAGUUUAUUAUUUCCCUCAAGGUCACAUGGAACAACUGGAAGCGUCAACGCAACAGGAUUUAAAUACGAUAAAGCCACUUUUCUUUCUUCCUCCUAAGAUUCUCUGUAAUGUUAUGAACGUUCGUCUUCAGGCGGAGAAAGAUACUGAUGAGGUUUAUGCCCAGAUUACUUUGAUCCCUGUAGGAACUAAAGUUGAUGAACCUAUGAGUCCUGAUCCCUCUCCUCCCGAGUUGCAAAAGCCAAAGGUUCACUCUUUCAGCAAGGUUUUGACUGCCUCUGAUACAAGCACCCAUGGUGGUUUUUCUGUUCUGAGGAAACAUGCUACCGAAUGCCUUCCUCCCCUGGAUAUGACUCAGCAAACCCCAACCCAGGAGUUAGUAGCCGAAGAUGUGCACGGUUAUCAGUGGAAAUUCAGGCAUAUUUUUAGAGGCCAACCACGGAGGCAUCUAUUGACGACAGGGUGGAGCACCUUUGUUACAUCAAAGAGAUUGGUAGCUGGGGACACUUUUGUAUUCCUUAGAGGGGAGAACGGAGAGUUGCGGGUUGGGGGCAGACGUGCUAAUCGUCAACAGAGCAGUAUGCCUUCAUCCGUCAUAUCAAGUCAUAGCAUGCAUCUGGGAGUGCUUGCUACUGCAUGCCAUGCUACUCAAGCCAAAACUAUGUUCAUCGUAUACUAUAAACCAAGGACAAGCCAAUUCAUUAUUAGCUUGAACAAAUAUCUAGAAGCCAUGAACAAUAAGUUCUCUGUAGGGAUGAGAUUUAAGAUGCGGUUCGAGGGAGAGGAUUCCCCUGAAAGAAGAUAUUCUGGCACGGUUAUUGGUGUUAAAGACUGCUCCCCUCACUGGAAAGACUCAAAAUGGCGAUGCCUAGAAGUUCAUUGGGAUGAGCCAGCAUCAAUUCCAAGACCCGAUAAGGUUUCACCUUGGGAAAUCGAGUCGUUUGUAACUUCAGAAAGUGUCCCCCAGUCAGUUAUGUUGAUGAAAAAAAGGCCCCGUCAAGUUAGUGAAGUAUCUGCUCUUGAUGUAGGCAUAACAGCUUCUAACCUUUGGCAAUCCCAUGAGUUUGCACAAUCGUGCCUCACCUCACAGAGGAGUUCUUCUCAGCAAUGUUACCGUGAUUCAACUGAGGAUGCUAAGAAAUCUGACUGGCUAAAUAACUCUUACUCUGUGUCAAAUUUAUCAAAGGACUCAACACUGAACGACCAAAUGGUUUCCCCAGUCGAACAGAAGAAACCCGAGACAACCGCUAAUUAUAGAUUAUUUGGAAUUGAUCUGAUGAGUUCCUCUCUAGCGGCUUCCGAGGAGAAAACUGCACCCAUGCGACCAAUCAACAUAACUAAAUCGACUCCGGACAGUAACUCAGACCCAAAAUCCGAGAUUUCAAAAGUAUCAGAAGAGAAAAAGCAGGAACCUCCGCAGACAUCAUCGAAAGAGGUCCAGAGCAAGCAAAUCAGUUCUACAAGAAGCCGUAUCAAGGUGCAGAUGCAAGGCGUACCUGUGGGCAGGGCUGUGGAUUUAACUGCACUAAAUGGAUACAAUGAGCUCAUAGACGACCUUGAGAAGCUAUUUGACAUAAAAGGGGAACUGCAGAGUCGCAAUCAAUGGGAAAUAGUGUUCACAGACGAUGAGGGAGAUAUGAUGCUUGUUGGUGAUGACCCAUGGCCCGAGUUCUGCAACAUGGUGAAAAGAAUAUUCAUAUGGUCAAAAGAGGAAGUGAAGAAAAUGACACCAGGGAACCAACUACGGAUGAUGUUAACGGAAGUUGAAACAAUAACAACAAUAUCCAAAUCCGAUAAUCACUCCAACUAAUUCUUUCUCUUCUCUACACUCAAUGGUCUUUCGGAACUGUCUUGUUCUGUUGCGAGGGAAGAACAAAAAAAAAGAAUGGCUUAAACAGGAAACCACAUCUCCCCUUAGGCUAGGAAAAUGGCUCGUUUUUUUGGAGCCUCUUGUGGAAAAAGAGGGGUUUAUGGGGAGAGAGAGAGGUUUCAACUUCCAAAGUAGGCUUUUGGAAGUGUUUUAUUUAUUUUUCUAAUUAGGAACUUGAAACUUGUGUGCGUUAAGAGAGACGAAAGUGUAACGAACAAAAACAUGAGAAAAAAAAUGAGAUUGUGAAUAACUGCUGAAGGACUUCUGUGACGUUUGGAUUA